AUGAAAAGUUUAAGAAGCGGACUUCGAAGAAGUUCGCAACAUAAUGCGGCAGUUCGGCGGUAUAGGACUUAUAACUCUUUUCAAAGGUUCCAGAAUACUUCUUCAAAGAGUGCUCAAACAUCAAAAUCAAACUCUGGGAGUGGUGGUGGCUAUUUCAAGAAAGCUCUGUUAACAGUACUGGUGCCGUAUUCUGGAUACGCUCUAUAUGUCAUUGGGCAGGCCAAUGCAGAGAUAACCGAACGGGAGCGGCAGGUGAGAGAACACGAAGAUGGGAAACAUUUCAAUGCUACACUGGUAAAAUACUCCCCUCUGGAAAUCUUGGGUCGCUUUGCUAACCCUUUUAAAGAAUACCGAGUGCUUACCGCAUUUGAAUUUUCACUAAACAGAGUUCUCGAGCUUUUCCAGCGAAAUCGAGGUGGGAUUCCAACAUCUAGGCGGUCGAUGAGCGAGCUGAUGCCCAUUCACACUCCAACAUGGACUAAUGAAGAAAGUCAGUUGCAUUUAAAUAUUGGAGAGGAACUUACUGUGGAAAUACUAAGCCCUGACCGGGCUCUCGCAUCAAACACUUCUAGGGACUCUCAACCGGACUUGCCGGUAUAUACUACAUGGCUGGGCCAGUCUUGCAAUUUUGUGAUAUAUAACGGGUUCAAGAUACUGACAGAUCCAAUAUUUACCGAUUACUUGAUUCAUGAAAGCUUGGGUCCAAAGAGAAUCACCGAGAUGCCUGCGCAGAUCCAUCAGGUGCCGACGCCAGAUGUAAUAUUGGUCUCUCACAACCAUCCUGAUCAUCUUGAUUUCAGAAGCAUGGAAUAUUGGGGAGCUAAUGGUGAUUCUCGUCCGCUGUGGAUAGUUCCCAAAGGUAUGGCAGAGUUCAUGAAAGAUCACGAUGUUGACAACGUUAUUGAGCUUUCAUGGUGGGAGACGGCGCAAAUAAAGAAAGCUGACUCCAUCUACAACGUUUCUUGCACACCAGCGAUGCACUGGUCUGGUAGGUCGUUAGUGGAUACCAAUCGGUCACUUUGGUGUUCUUUCCUAUUUUCGCAUUAUUCCAAGCCAAUAAUGUUCCAUGCAGGCGAUACAGGAUACGUUUGGGAUUUAUUCAAACGCAUCAGCAACCGCUUUGGAAGAGGUGUAAAAUUAGCGCUACUUCCUUGUGGUCAGUAUUGUCCUUCAUGGCAUCAAAAACCCAGACACAUCAACCCGGAAGAAGUACUGAAAAUCAAGAUGGAUCUCGAGGCCCAACAUGUACUUGGAGUACAUUGGGGAACUUUUGUUCUCAGCGGGGAGUAUUUCCGUGAGCCCAAGGAGAAGUUGGAAAUGCUCGCAGAAUGGGAGGGCGUUGAGGAUAGUUGUUACUGCCCGGAGUUAGGCAAGACUGUCACGAUUAAAUAA